ACAAUGCAGAUGUAUUCGAUUUUGAUUAGUAGCUAAUCAGCAACGCAACCUGGUACAUCUCUGAAAAGGUAACCUCUGUACAAGAGAAAAUGGCAUCAUUUCAUUUAAUUACGUUAAUUAUCGUUGUAAUGGCUUAUUCGUCGUCUGCAUUGAUCGACAUCAAUCAAUGUAUUUCGUAUCGUUAUUUGCCCUGUAUCAACGGUAAGAAUCAAGAUCCUACCCUCAUAUCCAAGGAUGAAACUAUCAUCAAAUACAACGAGUCCACGUGCAUUGUCUACCAAUACGUCCCGUGCCGGGACGGUUUGAAGAGUUUGUCCCUGAUGUACAACAAUGCCAGCAAAGGUGUUGACCAGUCGACCAGCUGCCAAAGCAAAACGGCCCUGGCCACCGCCUUGCUGACCAAAAGUUACUGCGAAUCGAAUUUAACCAGCUGCCUGGGUCAGAAAGAUGACAUCACCAUCGAAUUGAAGAACACAGCAAACGAUUGGGAGAUUCGAUACCACAAGUCCGUCAACGAGAAGAAAUUCCUGUCCGAUUACAUGGUGUCCGUUUGGGACACUAGGAUCAUCGAUGAAGAAGCGGAAAAAGCCAAGCCCAUCAAGGAUCGAAUGCGGGACUACAUUCGUUAUUCGGUGGCCCGUUUGGGUCUACGCGAAUUGGUCAACGUGCAACCACUCAUACCAGAUUUCGGCGUCGUUUACAACGACAUUCUAUCGUUCAAGUAUCCCAUCAACGUCCCUGGGUGUUACAAAAACGGGGCGGCAACGUCCCUUUAUCCCAGUUUGUUUGUGGCCGUCUCGGGAGUGGCAUCAACCGACAUCAACAACCAGAAAAGACGCGACGAAAUUCGAACCAUUUUCAACAAGGAAAUCCCAGACCUGAAGAAAAAUCUCUUCAGUUCAAUCAAUUUCGCAUUCUUCCUGGGCCAACCGGUAGAUGUUGCCAACCAAAAUCUCGUCGACCAGGAGAGCGCCAAGAACAAAGAUGUCAUCCAGGUGGACAUGAUCGACAAUGGCAAGAACGACUCGAUGAAAAUGGCCGCCAUCUUUAAUUGGGUUCGGCAAUUUUGCGGUGAUGUCGACGUCGUUUUCAAGAUCGACGAGAAUUUCCAAAUAUCCACGUUGAGGAAACUCGGUUCGGCGUUGACGGAUAAACUUAUUCCCGACACUUUUGUCUACGGCGUCAAGGGAGACAUGCGCCCACAACGAGAAGUUGGAAAACGGAUGAUUACAAUGGAGGAAUUUCCCUGGAAAACUUUACCUGCGUAUUUCAACGGAUUGGCUUAUUUCAUCACCGGCAAUAUGAUCGAACCUUUAAUGGCGGCCUUCCAGACUGUUCCCAUGCUUCCAUUGGAAGACGUUUAUUUGGGCAUUUGCAUCAUCAAAUCCGACAUGAAGCUAUAUACUUAUUGCGGAAGGGACAUUGGCACCAGUAAAUGUUUUUAAAAGUUGCAAAUUUUCGCAAAUUUUACAUCCUUCCCCUGACGACACUGGCAUUUCUAAUGGAUUGUGAUUGAUUAUUUAAGCUAAAAAAUGUUGUAAAAUAAUUAAAAUCCAUUGGAAAUGCCAGUUUCGUCAGGUUGGAUAAUGUUGGAUAUCAUAUAUUUCUUAAUCUACUGAUGGACUAAAACUACAUGUAGUUUUAAACUAAAAUUUUAUGUAACUAAAAUUUAACUAAAACUACAUGUAGUUUAGUCCAUCAGUAGAUUUAUAAAAUAGGAUAUAUCCGACAUUAAUUUCUUUUUCUAUUCUUUUAUUUCUUAUUACAUUCCUUUUUAUUGUAGUCUAUUAGUAGAUUUGAAAUACAUUUAGAUUGAGUGCAUGCAUACCAAUGUGAUAUUCAUUUCUCUGAUGCAUGAUCUUCCGUCUGCUAUGGCUGAUGCUUACGUGUAAACGUUAAAUAACAAAUCCAAACAUUUUCUAUCUGAAAUAUCUUGUGUGUGAGUGGCUCCACCCUUGCAAACGGAAAUCCUCCACAUUUGUGUCGUCAGGCUCCGUCGAGUUCAUUUUUAAAAAAUCUCCUAUCUUCUUAUUUUCGUCUUAAAAGAUGAAAAUGUCUCCAGUGUGGAACAAUUUUUCCGAGAUCUUGAGCUCAGCAAGCUCCGCCCACCAUUUUCUAACCGCUCCCCCUACCACCACCUUGUCAGCUGUGCUGUGCGGGUACCAGCAGCUUUUCAGUGUCUGCCUGUCGGUUGCCCCAGAAGGACGUGUCUGUGCGUGUCGGUUUUUUUGAAAAAAACUUUGUUACUAUUUUUUAAUUCAGUGAACAUUUACCAACAACCAAAUUUUUAAAUCAUGAAACGUCCCACGGAUUAGACGAGAAAAUUUUUUUGAAUUUUUUUUUCAAAAUUUUCCGAGAAAUAAAAAAUUUUAACUUUGAAAAAGAAAAUUCGAUUUUUCUGGAGAAAAUGGUGGUCGUGAAAUUAAUUGUGAUUGUUUUAAUGUUGUUGUUCCGGUUGUCUGUCGUCGAUUCGGAUGCUUCUUCUUCGUCAGUGAUUCAGCGAUUAAUUGUCCGGCUAGAAGAUCCGUCAUCUCAUGCGUCAUCCGACAAUUGCACACUCUUUUUAAAAUUGGAAAACGUUUGAAAUUUACCUGAAAGAGAAGUUCCAGACGGUCGUUUGCAAAGUAUAGGGCAUGAGUGUCAGUUAAAGUCCCGCUUAGCGACAGGUAAGAGCGACAAGUCGACUUGUUUGGCUGAGGCGCUUGGACGAUCAAAAUAUGGUUGGGCUGGUUGUAUGUCAAGAAGAGGUUACGUUAAUCUUCGCAAAAACGCAGGAAAGCGUAGGGUUUAUACAAAGUCCUAAACUACUAGAAACUCGUCAACUCGGUUUGCACUUCAUCCAGAAGUUUGCCGUCUUCUCCAGUUUUGGUUUCGGGGACAAUUUCUUUUAAAGUGAGAUGUUAGUGAUAAAGUCCAAAAGAAAUCCACGUCCGUCCGUGCAGCGAAAUUUUUCAAACAGUGCACAUAACAUUUUUGUUGCCGUUUUUUGGGGUGUUUAAAAACUAGAAUGUCAAAACAUCAUUUUAAAAUUUUUAGCUAAUUUUCCCGUAAUUCUUACAAGGUUGCUCGGUGACUUAGCCGAAGGCCAACGCUUGCAACGCGAGGUCGAGAGCCCUAGUACUUUUAAAAAGUUCGUCUGCCUGCGUUGCCAAAUCUCAAAUAAAUUGAACUGAUAUUUCUUCUGACUUGGCAACUUUGUAUUUUUGUUCUUAAACUUCCCUUACCUUCAUCAAAGUUAACAUCAAUGAGAAGCUGCGAAUUUUAUGUAUCAGUUGUCAAGAAUCCAUCAUCGCGAAUAUUUGGCCAUCUCCAAACUUCCAAUGGAACGGCAUUGAUAAACAUGGAUUUCAUUGUUCAAAUAUUCCCAGCCAUUGUGAGAUUUUCUUGACUGGACAUCAUUAAAAGGACUUGAGGGAAAAUGUCUACUGCUACGUCACCUCUCAAACGGAUCUUUCAACAUGGAUUUCCCACCUGUCUUAAAGUGUCCUGAACGAAGAUGGGUGAGUACAAUUUUAAAAGUUUUAAUAGUCAAGCUUGUAUUUAUUGAUUUUAAAAUACAAAAUUUAAAUUGCA